AAUGCAUUGCAAAAAUGGCAAACCUAAAAGAUGCAAUCACGAUGUAUCAGAAUUUGUCUCAGGAAUGGCAGAAGAAAACCCCUAAUUUAGACAAAUGUGGCGAGCUUCUUACAAAACUAAAGAUUGCUCUGACAGGCCUAACAUUCCUGCCUACAAAAGACUCAGCUGCCAGUAAACAAGAGCUCCUUGUUGCAAGAGAUAUCUUGGAAACAGGUGCCCAGUAUUCCAUCGCACGUAAAGAUAUUGCAUCAUUUGAGCGAUAUAUCGCUCAACUCAAGUGUUACUACUUGGAUUACAAAGAUGAUAUUCCUGAAUCUGCCUACAAAUACCAGCUACUGGGUCUCAACUUGUUAAGACUAUUAGCUCAGAAUAAACUAGCUGACUUUCAUACAGAACUUGAGUUAUUACCCAGUAAGGAUCUCUAUGCUAAUGUCUACAUCAAACACCCUGUGUCUAUAGAACAAUACCUUAUGGAGGGCAGUUAUAACAAGGUGUUUCUGGCCAGGGGGAAUGUACCAGCAGACAGCUAUAACUUCUUCAUGGACAUUCUCCUCAACACAAUCAGAGAUGAGAUAGCUGCCUGUAUAGAGAAGGCCUAUGAGAGGAUAGCAUUCUCAGAAGCUGCACGCAUGCUGUACUUUGAAUCACAGAAACCAAUGAGGAAAUAUGCUGAAGAGCGGGGUUGGAUGCUUGCAAAGGACAAUUUUUUCUAUUAUCAGAAUGAGGAGAAUAAAGGAGAUGAGACAGUCCCUGCCAUUGACAUUGCAAAGCAAACUAUAGAAUAUGCCAGAGAACUAGAAAUGAUUGUGUGAUCAUAUUAAUGUCAUUAGAAAUAUAUGUCAAUCAUUGGAUUAUGUUGCUGAUAUCAAUAGAACAAUUGGAUUACUACUAGAUAAUUGCCUCAAUGCAGAACUACAAUAUGCUUUGGAUAAAACCACAAAACAGAAAUCAUUGGAUCAUUUGCAUCAAAAUAGAUUAAGAGAACUACUUUGACACUGGAUGCAUAUCAGCUCUAUUAAAUUCAACAUCCAGGCUUCAGAAUAUAUGUGUUUCAAAAUCAACUGAAUGUACAAGACAAAACCGUGAAUGUAUACAUUAAAAUGAGGAAUUGGAAUGAUUCAUAUAACAUUUCAAUAGACUAGGUGCGAGUAGAAA